UGCUCUCUCUCUCUCUCCCUCUCUCUCUCUCCCUCUCUCCUCUCCUCUCCUCUCUUCUCCUUCUAUCUCCUUCAAAAAUCACCCACUCUAAAACUCCUCCUUUGGCAAUUCUUCUUUCUUUUUUAUUCUCCUGUUUCGUCCUGACUGUUGCUCUUUCUGAUGAAUCAUUGUCCCCUGGCUCAGCCGGCUGUGCUUGGCAUUGCAUCCAUCCUCUGUGCCUUUGCAGAACAAGGCAGAAAAGAUGAGAUGAAGUGAUAUAAGAGGAGAUGAGAGGAGAACAGGGGGAUGCUGAAACGUCCAUAUGAAGCUCUGGGCAUGACAGCACAUCCGUUCUCGUUUCAGAGCGUGUGCUACGACUCACUGAGGAUGACGGAGGAUCCGGCUGCAGCACACAGAUUGAAAACGCAGCACAAUCAGGAUCAUGAUCUGCAGGUGGGUGGGAAGAUGUAGCUGAACAUUGAACAAUAUCAAACCGGGAUCCUUCACAACCUCAGGUCAUCCCUGGGAAGGGUGUGGCCUGUGGAGCGCCACCCACCAUGGCCAAGAAGGCACCCAGUGGGCGGGGAAAGGGGGAGCGGACGGACGCCAUGGCGGCCCUGCAGGCAGCCAAUGAGGAGCUGAGGGCCAAACUUACAGACAUCCAGAUCGAACUGCAGCAGGAGAAGAACAAGGUGAGUAAGCUGGAGAGGGAGAAGAUGCAAGAGGUGCGUCAUGAGCAGCAUAAGUCUGCGGCGGCGGUGAGUGAGCUGCGAGCCAAGCUACACGAGGAAAAGCUGCGCGAGCUGCACUCUGUUCGGGAAACCCUGCUGCGCCAGCACGAGUCUGAGCUGCUACGGGUCAUUAAAAUCAAAGAUGGAGAGAUUCAGAGACUGCAGGCCCUUGUGAAUGCACUCCGAGAUGGCUCUACAGACAAGGUGAAGUCGGCUCUGAUGGUGGAGGUGAGGGAAGAGGCACGUCGGGGCUUCGAGGCCGAGCGCUCACGCCUGCAGCAGGAGAUCUCCGAGCUGAAGGGGGUGAAGCGGCAGAUGGAGGAGGCGCUGAAUGUAGCCCUGCAGGCUGACAAGAUCAAAGCCGCUGAGAUCCGCAGUGUGUACCACCUCCAUCAAGAGGAGAUCAACCGCAUCAAGAAGGAGUGUGAGAGGGAGAUCCGCAGACUGAUGGAUGAGAUUAAGGUUAAAGAGCGCACAGUGCUCAGUCUGGAGAGGGACUUGGGUGUGCAGGCGGCUCACACUCGGAAGCUGCAGCAGCAGAACCAGGCUGUAAGCGAUCAGUUGGCUGUGAUCAGAGACCUCAGCCCAAAGAAAGAGGUUCCAUAUUCACCCGGUGCAGGAGACACAGCAGACAACACAACUAACCCUGUACAGCAGUUGGAUGAGAAGGACGCUCGUCGUUUCCAGCUGAAAAUCGCUGAACUGAGUGCCAUCAUUCGCAAGCUGGAAGACCGUAACGCUCUUCUCUCGGAGGAACGUAAUGAGUUGCUGAAGCGUCUCCGUGAGGCAGAAAGCCAGUAUAAACCACUUCUGGAUAAGAACAGGCGUCUGAGUCGUAAGAACGAAGAGCUGGCUCACGCUUUCAGACGCAUGGAGAACAAACUACGCUUCGUCACACAGGAGAAUAUAGAAAUGCGGGAGAAGGUGGGGACUCUGCGCAGGCCGAGCUCUCUAAAUGACCUGGACCAGAGCCAUGAGGAAAGGGAGAUGGAGUUCUUACGUCUGCAGGUCCUUGAGCAGCAAAACAUCAUUGACGAUUUAUCUAAGGCACUUGAAACUGCCGGAUACGUGAAGAGUGUAAUAGAGAGGGAUAUGCUGCUCAGGUACAGGAGGCAGGACCCGACACGCAGGAAGAGGAGUCUCAAGGUUUGUAAGCCAGUCAUUGAGACAUUCUAUGGCUAUGAUGAAGAAGGCUCCAUAGACUCUGAUGGCUCGUCCAUGUCCUACCAUACAGACCGAACGCCCUGUACACCUGAUGAGGAUCUGAUGGAUGAGGAGGGAAUGCUUAAAGAGGAGACGGAGCUCAGGUUCCGUCAGCUGACGAUGGAGUACCAGGCUUUGCAGCGUGCCUAUGCACUGCUACAGGAACAGGUCGGAGGAACUUUUGAUGCUGAAAAAGAAGUCAAGAUACGAGAGCAGCUGCAGGCAGAGGUAAACCGCUACAAGAGCAGAAUAACAGACCUGGAGUGUGUGCUGAGUCAGCAGGGCCAGGAUACAAAGUGGAUUGAGGAGAAACAGGCCUUAUACCAGAGAAACCAGGAGCUUGUCGAGAAGGUGAAACAUAUGGAGACAGAAGAGAUGCGAUUCAAACACGAAAUUCAGGACGCAAAAGACCAAAAUGAACUCCUGGAGUUCCGUAUUCUUGAACUUGAAGAGAGGGAAAGGAGAUCCCCAGCCAUAAACUUCCAGAAUGUCCCCUUCACAGAGGGUAUGAGUCCACUGCAGGUGUACCUUCAGGCUGAGGGUGUCACUGACAUCAUCAUCACAGACCUGAUGAAGAAACUGGACAU